AUGGCUACUAGACUACAAAAGAAAUUAGCAGGAGAGGCUAGUGAAUACCAAGGAGAUAGUUCGGACUCUGAGCAAACCCCUGAGACAAGGGAAACCCUUAAAUAUAAAAUUGAAUUGAGAAAAUUAGAAUUGGAGGAUAAACAAAGAGAAAGCGAGGAUAAGCAAAGAGAAAGAGAAAGGGAGGAUAAGCAAAGAGAAAGGGAGGAUAAGCAAAGAGAGAGAGAAUGGGAGGAAAAACGAUGGGAAAUGGAACAAGAGAAGGAAUUGAAAAGAAUGCAGCUAGAGAAGGAUAAGGAAAUAGAACUGAAACGAUUGGAAUUGGAAAUAGAGAAAUUGGCACUGUCUCAACCACACAUUAUUAACCAAGAAGGGAAUGGUAGGACUGAAGCGUCUGAUCUACUUCUGAAGAGAUUCCCAAAGUUUAAUAAAGAUGAUGAUGUCGAGAUGCAGCGGACUGAGCUCGCACCACUUUUGAAAAUGCCAUUGUGUCCAGGGGAUUCUUGGUGCCUGAUUGAUUAUAAGUGGUUCAAAAAGUGGCAGAGAUACGUGGGUUUUGAACGCUGGGAUCUGUAUUAUGCAGGAAAGCCUGAUUACUACCCAGGACCCAUUGACAAUGCGAAACUUUUUGAAGAUUCAGAAACUCAGACUUUAAAAAAGUAUUGCAUGGAUAAAGUGGAUUAUGAGGUGAUUCCUAUUGAAGCCUGGAAUAAGUUAGUCAAUUGGUAUGGCUGUACAGAGGGACAGAGACCAAUUGAGAGGAAAGUUGUGGAAUAUGGCGAAUAUUUCAAAUACUGUAGAGUGGAAGUUUAUCCUUCAGAGUUGAAGCCAUCUCAAAACAAUGACUCUACUGAUCAUAUAAGCUCUUAUUUUGACCCAGCAGAAAAUUCUGCUAAAGAUGGAGGAAUAGUAAACCUCCAAAAGAAAUUAUCUGAAUCACAGCUUGAAAUUCAUUGUGUGGCUGAGGUAAAUGAGUCACCAGUGGCUGAGAUCCCUGUUCAACACCGUGGUGACACAGGAAGAGAGCAAGCUGUGGUAAUGGGGGAUUUAGAAGUGCCAGCCAUUGAUGAAGAUGAUUUGCUUGAGCACUCUAAAGAGAUGAAUGUUGGUAUAAGGAGUCAGAAGUUGGAGGAAGAUGGCAGUUGUUCAGGACAGACUUUGCAGUCCAGUACUACAAAGGGCAGAAGUCUGGAUGCCUCUUCACAGUCUUCAACUGACUCUAUCUGCUCAGUAGUUACCUCUUUGGUCACCGCAAUUACAGAGCAUGGUCAGCAGGUGUGGCCAGAGGAAAAUUUACCUCAGGAAAACACCAAAUUUAAUCCGGUUAAGUUGCUGUGUGCAGGAGAGCCUAAAGGACCGGUGGAAACCUGGAAGGAGGACAGAGCAGUGACCGGUACCUCAAAGAACACCAUUGUGAGAGGAAAGAAGAUGGACAUCUUGAGCCUGUGGGUCAUCGCCAAUCGCAGCGAACCAAGAAACAAGCGGAGAUUGGUUUGCAACGGAGUGAGUUCUGAGGACCACUAUGCAACAGAGAUUGGUACUUUUAACCAUCAGCAGCUUACUUUCAAUAUUCUACAAAAAUGCUUGGACUAUGUUUCGCAGGACUUCUUAAAUGACUCUUGGAAGUUUCGCAAAAAAACAUUUUGGGACAGAGAGAGUUCAUUGUGUUGCUGGGAAGGACGAGUGUAAUUAUCCCCAACAACAUGUUAACCUCUGGAAUGCUCCGCAGAAGGAAACAUCGAUGAACUGUGCCAGGUGGCAUGAAGAAGAUCCCUAUGAAAUGUACUGAGUAUCGGAAGAUGUUUAGUCCAGUGUAUAAAUAAAGACUUGGGGAAUAACCUUGAAUGAAAAUUAAACUGUUACAAAUAUGAUUUAUGGAAAAUGUAUUUUUAAAAUGUCUUUUGAUUUGAGGUUGUGAAUCUUAACAAUGGGAAAGAUGAUCAAUACGUUUAUGGUUUGUAUGUUGAAUGGUGACAAUGUCAUAACUGUAUGGUAAGAUAUGGACGUGCUAUGCGUAUAUGCAACAGUGAAGGUUUGUAUUUUAUGAUUUAUGUAUUGUAUCUAACUUUGUGUUUUAUUUCAGGAAUACUGUUAUAUAUGUAUAUAUGUAUGUACUAAUUAUUUUUGCCAUUCUAGGCAUAGAAAAUGCAAAAAUAAUCUUUCUAAGGGGGGAGGUGUAGAGAAGCUUUGUGUUAAACAGAGAUUAUUGAUAUGAUUUUAUUUAUUUGUUUGUUAAGGGAAAAGGGAGUUAUAUAUUAGCAAGGAAAAGCCUAACAUGGAAACUAGCUGGAAGCAGCAUUUGGUAGGUUGCCAUGGUAACACAGCUUCCCUUGGGAGAAAAGGGGCGUGGCUAAGAUGACAGUUAGAGCAUAUUCCCUUUUAAAAGUUCAGUUGCUAUGAGGGUUUUAAAAGGAGUUGCUGUUAGGGGUUUGAGAAGAAGAGUUGCGGUUAGGUUUUGGAAAGAUUAGGAGCUGUGGAAAUCAGCUAAGGACGGCAGCUUAUGGUCACUCAGGGGAAAGGCUGGGAAUAUAAGCUGACCGGGGGAGUUUAGUAUACUGUGUUGAAGAGAAGUUAUUUAAGAAAUAUCCAUUCAAGAAAGACUACAUUGUAACUUAAGAUCCGGAACGUUUACUGAUUGAAACCAUACGCUUAUGUACCAAAAAUAAACUUGAAUUUUGUUAUUGUUCAUAAAGAUAAGUUUCCUUGCCUCUCUGUAAGCCUGUUACCUCACGUUGGUGGCAGUUACCGUACCUAUCUAUAUAAGUUACCGUACUUUCCUAUAUAAGUUACCAUCUUUACUCAUUUAAACCCAAUCAAUUCCGUUAUCCUUCCUUAUCCACUAAAUCCUCCCUGUCAUACAUUCACACAUCCUCCACCCCUCCCUCUCAUACGCGCGCACAUCUCCUCAAUAAGAAACUGGUAAAAAUGCGCCAAAGGCCCCCAAAUGUAGCCAAUAGCCAAUAAGUCUUCUAAAAUCAUUUGGAAAGAACUGCUGGCAAUUCUGGGGAUCCAUAUUAUGAUGAGUACCUACCUUCAUUUUCCCACCUCUCUUCAUUUUCACAAUUGUGCCAUAUCACAAAUUUGUUCUUCCAUGAUUGAACUUCCACAUACCCAUGUGACCCUUGCCUUCCCACACAUCAUCUACUCCACUUUCAUGAUUAUUAUUGUUUUUAAGCAAUGUCAUGGUUAGCUCCCUCCAAAUCAAAUGUUAUAUUAAAAUAUUAAUCAAAUAGCUUAGGAAUAGAGAGGGGGAGAAUGAGACAGGAGGAAAAUCCCAUUUCCUGAUGUUGUGUCACUGUUGACAUGUUGGCACAGAAAUGGAAUGGACCCAUUGUAUGAGAUAGUUGGAAAUGCUGUAGGAUUGCCAGCAAUUGAUGGGUUUUUUCCUGUCAGUAAUGGGGGAGGCUAAUCAUCAGAAGGACACAAAAUAGAAGUGACAUGUGCACAACAUAUUGUGAUGAUGGCCCUGCUUCAAUGCUGCUUGUCUGCCUUGUGUCAUUAAAAUUCUUAGUUACUUUUCAGUAAGUAGGGGUGCAUUUACAGUGUAGAAUUAGUGCCGUUUGACACCACUUUAAUUGUCAUAUAUCAGUGCUUUGGAAUAAUAGAAGUUGUCAUUUUAAAAAGUAUUUAGCUUUCUCUACCAAAGAUUGCUUAUGUUUCAGCAGACUACAAAUUCCAGGAUUUGUUACUGAUCUAGAAUUUCAGUAAUCAAUCAUAUUUAGAAGCAAGAAAAUUGUAAAAAUUCAAAAUACUUCCAAAUGAGAGCAACACCUUUCCUAUCCAGUCAAAAUAACAGUUCUGAUAUAGCUUUCUCUAUACAGCUGUUGUUGUUUUUGUUUUUUUUAAGGAAAGGUAAUAGUCAAUGAGGCAUUAGUAUAUGGAAAAGUGACAGCCCCUUUCCUUUUAAGAAUUUUAAUAUGUCCACUAGCCUGAGUCAAUGUUGUCUUUCACUUAGAGUGGAAGAACAUGUCUGGCUGAUGCAGCAUUUGAAAACUACAUUUAAGAAUCAUCUUUUCUAUUCACCAUUCUAUGGGCUUAUCUGGCCUGAUCUGAUUUAACAAGACAUCCUGAAUGUUCCAUGAUGAGAAGGGAUCAAAACUGAAUGUGUCGGAGUUCUGCUAUGUUCCAGGAUGCAGAGGCUCAGCAGACAUAAGAUAACACAGUGCAAAUAAACAACAGAUGGCCAGUGGCCCUAAUGCUGUGUUGUGGAAGAGCAUGACAGGGAUUUAUUCCUUCAACCUGCAGAACAAACCUUGAAGAGGCUGAAACUGCAGAAAUGUAUGACCCACAAGCAUUAUAAGUAUUCAGUAAGGAUAGAUGGCAUUGCAAAAUUAUAAUGCAGUUGUUUCCCUUCUUGCUUGGAUAAUACGUAAGAUUCAGAAUAAAUUCCCCUGAGGGAUUCUUGGAUCAAUCCAAGGUCUUUAAUGUGCUACUCUCAGGAGAUGCUUUCUCUUCUUCUUUUUUCCAAAAAAAAUAUUAAAAACGCAGUGAAAAUAUAACUGAUUCUCACAAUGCUCUUAUUGAAAUAGUUUGGUCUUUAAAUGCCAUGGAUUUUUAUCAAGCUAACUCUGGUAACAUGAGAUGUAACAAGUCUGGACCUUGCUCUUGGAUCACGUGAUGCUGAUGGUUUUAAUUGUGUUUUUUUUGAAAACUAGCUUGGGGACCCAACGAUGCCCAGGUUAUUAGAAGUCACUAUUUUUUUUGGGAUGUUAGGAAAUAUCACUUAAGUUUGGUCCAGAUCCGUCAAUGGCUGGGUUCAGUGCUGUCUGGAUAAGGGCAAACUACAGCUUCUAGAUUCCCAGGACAAUCACCCCCAAAGCAGCAUGUAUGCAGAAUUGGGCAUGUUGGAUCUGUGUGCACAGUUGGCCAUGUUGGGGCUGUAUGGCAAGUUUGGUUGAGAUCUGAAGUCAGCUGGGUUCAAUGGGAGCGGGUGAACUACAACUUCCGUAUGCAAGUCCCAUCAUCCAUGGUCCAUUCUCCUCUAAACAAUGCCAAGAUGUAGGGUGGGUCAUGGGUAGUCUGCGUGCCAAGUUUGGUGGAGGUCCGAUGUCAGCUGGGUUCUGUGCUGUCUGGAUAAGGGUGAACUACAACUCCCAGACCCGAGAUAAAUCAAACCAGUUGUGUAUGCACAGUUGGCCAUGUUGGGUCUGUGUGUCAAGUUUGGUCCAGAUCUGACGUCAGCUGGGUUGAGUGCUUUCUAGAUGCAGGUGAACUAUAACUCCCAAAAUCAAGGUCCAUUCCCACCACCCCCUGUAGUAUAUUCAGUUGGUCACGGGGCUUCUCUGUGCCAAGUUUGAUCCCAAUCCAUUGUCAAUGGGUGUCACAGUACCAGGGAAGGUAGUGCAAGUCCCAUCAUCCGUGGCAAGUGUAGUCUAAAUCCAUUGUUGGUUGGGUGAGCAGUACUCUCUGGAUGUAGGUCAAGUACAAUUCAUGUAAAUCAUGGUGUGAAUUCUCCCCUAACCUCUUGUUCAGUUGCUGAUCAAUUCCUCUGUUCACUGUGUGCCAGGAAAUGGUAUGAAAGGGUUAAGGUAGAGGCAGUGGGCGGGGGCAUGCAAAUGAAGGAACCCUGGGAUGUCCAUUUUGGAGGAAAAACAGAACAUCUAGGAUGAAAUGGGUCCCCGCAUGGAAGCCUUCACUUGGGUGGGGGCAGAAUGGUGUUUGUGGAGGACACGGGCAGGGUUUGGGCUGCAUGUUCGUGGCGCUCACUGUAACCUGCAAAGUGAGGUGAGGGAGUGACUUGGUGGCUCCACAGCACUGGAAACUAUAGCCUGUUUAUGGAGGCCAGAGACUGGCUGUGUGAGUGAACACCCAUGCCACAUACACACAUACAGAUUUUUCACUUUUAUUAUGAAUAUAGAUAUAGAUUAAUGUGUAUUUUAAAUGACUUUUCUGUAAUUCUUUGUAAUUGUUUUAACGGCAUUGAAUUAUUGCCAUGUUGCAAGCCACUCUGAAUCCCCUCCGGGGUGAGAAGGGCAGGGUAAAAGUAUAGCAAAUAAAUAAAUGUGUGGGUUAUAUAGCUCACAGUGUUUGCAUUUUGUGACCAGAUUCUUUAAAAAAGAAAGAAUCCCUAAAAAUUUCUAUCUUGUCCAAUUUGAAUAAAGAGCACUGUUGGAUAGAGCUUAAUAUUUAAAGUACGAAGGAUAAAAGGUAUGGGGCAUCCCUGCAGGAAACCUCUGAAGGCAUUUUGAUCUGCUUCCACUGCAUAUUCAUAAGAGCCUAGGAAGCUGAUUUUUACUCAGCCAGACAACUGGACUACCUUCAUCAGUAGUCACUACUGAGGUCUUGUCAAAAGAUGGAAAGAACCAAGCAGCUAUUACAGGGCAAUAUAGACAAAUUAGGUGUUUGGAGCCUUGGAACUCUCCCCCAGCAUGUCUGUGUGAGCUUGGAUCAGAAUGAUGGGCUAGAAAUGAAAUAACAGAUGAAGGAGCAACAAAUUAAAUACAAAGGUACAAUAGCCUGCAGCACGGAAACCUUUAUCAAUGAAUCCAUUAUCAGCCCUGCAACUUUAUAAUGGUACUAACACUCUUAUCCUGUGCAUUAUUAGUUAUGCCAGUAAUAAAAGAGUGAUUGCAGCAGAAACAGUGAUCCAUUGUAACCCGUUAUGAUAAGGGAUACAGCAGCAUGCCUGCAAAGUUGAUUGGUUGAGAGGACCACAGGAAGAUCUGGGAGAAUCUGAAAUCUAGCACUAUUUAUGUUAUGGUGUCUUAUUGGACCCUCUGCUCACAAUGGAGGCCCAGGUCUCUGCUGUGAGCAGAUCUGCGUUUUUCCAUCUACGUCAGGCUAGGCGACUGGCUCCCUACUAUCUAGGAACGACCUGGCGAUGGUGAUCCAGGCGACGGUCAUCUCGAGGCUCGACUACUGUAACGCCCUCUACAUUGGCCUUCCUCUGUCAGUGAUCCGGAAACUGAAGCUGGUGCAAAACACGGCGGCUCGUCUUCUCGCCGGGGUGCCGGUGAGGUGGCAUAUCACCCCAAUUCUUCAACAGCUGCACUGGCUACCGAUUGAGUACCGGAUUACUUUCAAGAUACUGGUACUAACUUUCAAGGCCUUACAUGGUCUGGGGCCAGCGUACCUGAGAGCCCGCUUAUCACCCUACCAACCCCAGAGAUUACUUCGGUCCGAAGACCAAAAUUUGCUUGAAGUCCCUAAUAUACGGACUUAUCAUUUGUCUUCCACUAGGCAGAGAGCCUUCUCGAUUGUAGCCCCUCAAUUAUGGAAUGCCUUGCCAGUGGAAACUCGAACCACCCGAGACUUACUUGCCUUUCGGAAAGCCUGCAAAACCUUGCUCUUCCGACAAGCGUUCAAUGGGUGAAAGACUCGGGGCUAUGUCUGUUUUUAUUGUUGCUUUUAUUGUUGCUUUUAUUGUUUUUAUUGUUAUUUUAAAGCCAAGUGUAUUGUUUUAAUCUAUUUUUGUAAACCGCUCCGAGCCAAACCGGGAGUAGCGGUAUAUAAGUUUAAUAAUAAUAAUAAUAAUAAUAAUAAUAAUAAUAAUAAUAAUAACUGCAAAGCAUUCCCCAAAUUACCCAUUUCCGUGUUUAUAAAUAAGUAAAGUAAGAAGUAGUAUAUGUUAUGAACAUCUUGCUUAUACUGGCCUGUUCAUAAGUGAGUAUGGGGAUGUGAAUUUGCUUGAAAUUAUUCAAGAUGGCCAAAAGAGCAGGUUCUGAGAACUUAUCAUAUGGACUGUGAUAAUAGUGUACAAAGCUGCCUUCCAAAAACACCAAGCCUUUUGAAUAAGGAUGGACUACACUAAGUUUUUCAUUGAAGGAAGCAAUGAAUAACUUUAGAAAUGUUCUUCUUCUGGGAAAGUCUUCAAGGGCCACACAAUUUGUAAAGCCUAUUUUGAUAUGAUUGUAUUGCACAGAAAACAUUAUGGGUAGAAAUAUUAUAUUCUAUAAAUCAACCAUGUGUGAGUGUUAUAAAGAGUAAGAGACCAAUCAUGACAUUUUAUAUGAAGAAAAUUAUAUUCAUGUUUAGAAAUGUUAUUAUGUGCACUGAAAAUGCUGUUUUCUGGGUGAAAAAAAUGUAGAAAUUUUGUGCAGAAUUAGUCCUGAACUAUGAAAAUUCCCAUUAAUCCGGGAUUAUUGUCAUCAAGGUUUUGCCACACUUUUGUAUAACUUGUUGAAUAUUUAUUGAAUUUUCUAUCUAUCUUUACUUCUCUGCUAAUGAGUGCUGGUUCAUCACCAACCCACAAUUCCAUAGCACUUAUCUAUGGCAAUUAAAGUGGUGUCAAACUGCAGUAAUUCUACAUUGUAGAUGUAUCCUUUGUACAACCUGACCUGGAGGCUACAAUAUAUGCUUGUUCACUUCCUGUAUAAGCAAUCAAACCUUCCCCAAUGCUUGGACUGGUAAAUCUGUCAAUUGGAGGCACUGUAGAACAGCUGUCAUUGUGUACUUAUGAAGUUUCUUUGGACAUAAUAGAGUAGAAGGUUGGGAAGCUGAUGACAAAGUACUCAGUGGUAGCUCUGUUUUGGGACCAUGAAUAGAUCCAUGAUCUGCUGGGCAAAUACAAUAGCAACUUUCUCAAAUGAUUUUAUGGAUUGUUCCAUUGUACUUGUAGUCAUUUAAAACAUAUGAGUCCCCUUUGAGGAGAUAAAGCAGAAUAAUAAUAAUAAUAAUAAUAAUAAUAAUAAUAAUAAUAAUAAUAAUAAUAAUAUCUCCAAUCCUGUGUCUAUGGUGCAUAUAAACAAAAAAGUUUGAAAGUGGACUUUCACACACUUAAGAUUUCCUCAUAUACAUUUGUUUCUGGAGCCUUGAUGGAAAUAGCUAGUUAUUUGCAUUUCAUUCUGCUUUCUUUCCAGUGAUUACAGUAGGAUUAUAACUUGAUUUGGGAUAGAACUAUUGCAGUACCAGUGACUCCUCCAGUGAUUUCCAUCAUUACAGUUGUAUUACCUGAGUAAAUUGAGAUUGAAUAUCACAUGAUCUGAGAUUGUAGCAUUCAGACUUUUUUAAAAGGAAAAAUAAGGCAACUUUCUUAAACUAUCAGCAAAAUUAUAACUAUACUGGAUAUAAGCAGCUAUUAUUAAUUUAUUACUAAAACUUAUUAGAGCAGAAUUAAAUACUUACUGAAAUAUAACUUUCUGAACUCUGUGAUUUCACCCUACCUCAAAGUGAAGAGUUUCUUUCGGUUCAAAUUAUAGUUUGGGAUCAGGAUGUGUAGUCCACUUGGGAACAGUUCAGAAUAGAUGGCCACAUUCUUUCUUUUCCUUUUUGAUAGGAACGUUUUAAAUUUUAUAAAUGUACUCAUAUGACUGCCUAAACUUGAAAUGUAUGUAAACUGAAUGUAGGGGAAAGUGAAAUGGACAGACAUGCUCAGCCAGGCGGAAGGUUUUGAGUGCUUAGCUCUCAAAACUUUGACUUUGAAUCCAUAUCUAUUCUUCUCAGUCAUAUUUGUUGAAAUAAGCUAAAUCUGUUUAGCUUUUUUUUUUGAUAAGAUCUUAUGAAAAAUUACAAAUCCUGUCACAAAUGGGAUGAAAAGAAUGUAAGGCCUUUUUUUAAAAAAAAGUUGGAAAAACAAAUCUGCUAGAUUCAUUUUUUUCUUGUAAUAAUCUCGUAUAUUGGAAGUUCAUAUUAGCAAUACUAAAUAAUUUUUCAUUAUGAAUAUCCAUGACAUCUCCAUGUCAAGAGAAUGUGAGAUAAAACAGGAAGACAAUUUUCUAUAAAACUUGCUUUCUCUGAAAGGCAGUGGAGGAGGAUAGAGUGUGGGUUAUGGCAUAGUUUUGCUGCAUUCCCUAAAAUAUGUUUCCAGUCCAAACCAGUUUAAUCAUGCAAAUGUCAAGAUACUGGAGGGCAGAAUAAUCACCCAGAGAUUUCCUUGAGAGUAAAACUUUACUUCAUCUCUCCUUCUCUCCUAGAAAGGGAAUAAGGUCGGGGGGGGGGGGGGGAAGAAGGGGGAAAACAUUUCAGAGAAGAAAGAAUAAAAUCCUUACCCUAAGAAUGAAAAAUAAAGCCCCCUUUUCAUGAAAAAAGAUAUAAUGAGAAGAGAAAAUUGCCUCUUUUCAUUGCAGUCUAGAGCUUGACCUCAUGCUCUGUCUUACAGUCUCCACUUCUCAUUAUCAUCCUAAGCUAUGCUUUCUUUUCCUCCAAUCUUUUCAUUUAACCAAAGUAAAAUUGCAAGGUGAUGAUGAGGAUGCUGGGUUCUCAGAGACCAAUUCCUGUAUUGCUAGUCAUUCAGAGAAGAGAAUAUUUUCAAAGUUAUUCACACUGCAACAUUAAUGUACACUGUUAGCAUGUCUGUCUGGCCACAUACUGGUGAUACAUAAAACAAGACAGUGCUUCUCCAAGACAUGCUGCUAGACACAGAACUACUAACUGACUACAAAGACCAGAUGAAGUAGCAAGAUGACAAAUUAUUUUAAUGUAAUGAUGAUUAGAUCCAGGGUCAGAGGUUUUUCCUGGUCAUUCAUCUUAGCAACUGUAGGAAAGACCUAUUCAUGGAAGACUAGAAACAUAGUCAUACAGUUCUCUGUUGUAUAACUCUAACUCAAGCUAAUUCUUUUCACCCUUCACUGUUAGUUUUAUCAUAGAUGUAUGGAGUUGUAAAGGUGAUCUAUUCUAACCAGAGUUACCUUGUCAGGCACGUACCAAGGUAACUUGUGACAAUCACCAGGGCCAACUCUAGCAAUGUUACUAAACAUGAUACUUUAAGCAUCAACCAUAAUUUCUACAAGUGUGUGAUUUGAAAAUCAUAAAGCUAACAAAUGAAACAAUAUAUUUCUGGUUCAAAAACAGGUUUUCCAAGCUACACGCGCGCGCACACACACACACACACACACACACACACACACACACAAACUCAGCCUUAAAAGACCUACAACAGAUUUGGAACAGUAGUCUCAAGAACACAAGUUAGUUUCAUAAAGAAAAAAAAAUCAUUUUCUUAUCAAGGCAGAACACUUUUUCUAAGAUAUCUCACAUCUCCUGUAGUCUCUGUUUUGGCCUGACCCUCUCUCCAAAUAGACGUCGCUAUCCUUAUUCUUUUCAGCAAAGGGGAAAGGGAUGGCUUAGCCACAUGUCACUGUCACAACUCCCAACAGUUAUGGAGCUCUGCCCAAGUACCUAGCUGUCAUGUCUGCUGACGUCAUUACCUGCGUGGCCAGCAAGAAGGAGAGAGUUGAUCUACCUCCUCCUUGUUUCCCAUGCAAACACUUCAUUCUGACACCAGGCGACACAACAGGUAACAGCCAAGUGCUCACAUUGAGUUUCAUGAUCAAUAGGGAGCAGAUGCAGUAAAAGAGAUGACAAGAUGACAUCCCAGUGGAGCGAGCUAUAUACUCUUCACCCAGUUGACUCAUUUGGAUACAGUGGGUUCAGCUGCAUGCAUCAUCACCACAGUCACUCCAGAUCCACUCAGGCCACUGACUUAAGUAACCAGUAUAGAUGUAGUGCCAGGAAAGAAGAACUAAUACUAUAUCUACAGUCAUUAAUACAGUUAGGCACCAUUUUAACUGCCAUGGAUCAAUGCUAGUGGAUUAUGGGUGCUGUAAUUUUCCAAGGUUUUUAGCCUUCAUUGCCAAAGAGAGUGGAUGCAUCAUCAAACUACUACUCCUGUUAGGGCUGUGCAAAUCUUCGGAGAUCCAUUUUUAUUCGUUAAUAUAAAUCUCUGAAUUACUAAUUGGACUGGAACUCUUCAAAGUAUUAAGAAUCAAAACAGAAGCCCCCAAAAGUUUUGAGGAGAUUAGUAAAAAAAUGUUGUUUCUGAGAGUAUUCAAAAGGUCCUUCCUUAUUUCCAAGAAUUCUGCUCACUCCAGAAGAACGAGGGCUCCCUGUGUUUAAGCUCCAUUGUGAUAAGGGGAUUAGGUUAAUCACGUGUGCUUAAAUUGAAAAAAAAAUCAUAAAAAUCAGUGGAAGACAGAAAUGUUCUGAAACAGCAGGCUUAAAGUUGUAAAUGUUGCCUACAAGUGUGCCAAAUGUAAUCCUGAUAACCAUAAAAAUGACAGAAAAACGAACCUUGAAAUUUUCCCCAUUGCCUCUAAUGGAACAAAUCAUAAACCAAUUACGAAGUUUCAGAGAUUCAGAGUACUAAUCGGAAUGGGAUCCCUCCAAAUCUUUGCAAAAUGAAGUGGAGGCCAUCUGAAUCCCUGAAAUAAAUUACUAAUUGGAUUUCAGCCACUUCACACACAACUAGCUCCUAUGAUUCUGCAGCAUUGAGCCAUGGCAGUUAAAGUGGUGCCUACAGUAUAGAUGCACCAAUAGUCUUUGAAAGCUUACACUUCUAAUUUGAUUCUCUCAGUCUCUAAGAUGCUUCAAAGUCCCUUUGCAUAGGGUUGUUGUGUGUUUUCUGGGCUGUAUGGCCACGUUCCAGAAGUAUUUUCUCCUGACGUUUCACCCACAUCUAUGGCAGGCAUCCUUAGAGGUUGUGAGGCAUAUGGAGAAACUAGGCAAGGAAGGUUUAUAUAUCUGUGGAAGGUCCAGGGUGGGGGAAAGAACUCUUGUUUUGGAGGCCAGUGUGAAUGUUGUAAUUAAUCAUCUUAAUUAGCAUUAAAUGGCCUUCCAAGCUUCAUUUCCUGGCCUGGGGAAAUCCUUUGUUCAGAGUCGUUAGCUGCCUCUAAUGGAUUCAUGUCUGGAAUUCUUCUGUUUUCAGAGUGUUGCUCCUUAUUUACUGUUCUGAUUUUGGAGUUUUUUAAUACUGGUAGCCAGAUUUUGUUCAUUGUCAUGGUCUUCUCCUUUCUGUUGAAAUUGUCCACAUGCUUGUAGAUUUCAAUGGCUUCUCUGUGUAGUCUGACAUGAUACUUGUUGGAGUGGUCCAGCAUUUCUGUGUUCUCAAAUAAUAAACUGUGUCCAGGUUGGUUCAUCAAGUGCUCUGCUAUGGCCGACUUCCCUGGUUGAGUUAGUCUGCAGUGCCUUUCAUGUUCCUUGACUCAUGUUUGGGCAAUGCUGCGUUUGUUGGUCCCUAUGUAGACUUGCCCACAGCUGCAUGGUAUACGGUAGACUUCUGCAGAGGUGAGAGGAUCCCUCUUGUCCUUUGCUGAAUGUAGUAUUUUUGUUGGAUUUUCCUAGUAGGUCUGUAGAUAGUUUGUAGGUUGUGUUUUUUCAUCAGCUUCCCUAUGCGGUCAGUGGUUCCCUUGAUGGUAAGAACACUUUUCCUCUGGGUGGAUCUUUCUCUUUACUCUCACGGCUUGUUUUUGGCCUUGUCGCUCUUCUGAUGUUUGUGGUGGAGUAUCCAUUAGCCUGUAGAGUCCAGUUUAGGUGGUUUAGUUCACCUUGGAGGAGGUGGGGUUUGCAGAUUCUUUGUGCACGGUCUGUCAGGGCUUUGAUUGUGCUUCUUUUUUACUUGGGUGAUGGUUGGAGUUUUUAUGAAGGUAUCUAUCCAUGUGUGUAGGUUUUCUGUAAACUUUAAAUUUGUUGAUUGGGUUUGCGGAUGACUAGAACAUCUGGAAAUUGCAGUUUUCCUUCCUUUUCUUUUUCCAUGGUGAAUUGGAUGUUUGGGUGGAUGCUGUUGAGGUGGUCCAGGAACUUGCUUAGUUCUUCUGACUCAUGUGACUCCAGCCAUGAAAGCCUUCGACAACACAUCCUUUUGCAUACUUUUAUCCCAUGUUUUUAAAUUAUUGUUUUAAAAAAAUUCUAUAGUUAAACACUAUUUUAAGGUUAAUUUUGAUGUUUUUUUAAAUGUCUUGGUAGGCUUUUUGCAUCUCUGUCUUGAGGAAGAGGCAGGGCACGAAUACAGUGAUAGUCUGAUGAAUGGUAGUUGACUUUUUUCUACCUCUGAAUAUUCACUUUGAAAGAAGAUGGCCCCUGUAUCUGCUAAAACAUUUGCAGAUCUAUCUCCACAUUCUAUGCUGUAGUAAUGCUGUAGGAAUUGAGGUUAAUUCAUUGCCUGCCUAAAAGAUCGGCUUCAUGUACUUAUUAUAAGACGUUAACAAAACCCAUUCUAGCAAAUACAUUUUCCAUACUGACAUGAGCUUUUAUUGUUUAUUCAUGCUUACUGUUGUGGGGAACACCUUUUUUCUCUGAAGAACCUGUUUAUAUUGCUUUCUAAUUUUCCAUUUCAAUGACUUUAUGACUUGUCCUUCAGUUUUGCUCCAUUUUCUCUUAUGGAGGAGUUUCUUUUGUUCAGAGGAGAGGCGUUCCAUUGGAGAGCAAAGUACAAGCCUGAUCUUGAAAUUACUUGAGGUCAAAAGAAGAAGGAUAUUUCCAACUGACUCAUUUGUAACAGGUUUGAAACAAUAUAUUUAGCAAUAAGAAAAAUAUGUCUACUGAAAGAGUAGCAGAUUUUGUGUAAUAUGAAAGAUUAACUGCAUUGUGACUUAGAUUUUCAUGCACUAGAGUGCACUUUCAUAGACGUAUAAAAAUUGCCCUACACAGAUGAUAAUUAGAUGAGGGUGAUAUUAGAAGGUUUGGAGUUUUACAUCCUCAUGCUGGAAAUAAAUACAGGGAUUUUUUUUCUUCUUCAAUCUGGAGUGACAAAUUCUAUGCAGCUCAUAUGAAUUUUGUAUGCUUUUACUUGCUAUUCUGUUCUUUCCAUAUUAAUUUGCAUUAAAACCCCAUCUCAAAAUUAUUUUAAUUAAUUGUAAACUGCUCAGAAUCUCACAGAACUAAGGUGUGAAAAAUCUGAUGUGUAGCUAAAUUUUAAUCUGCACACUAGGACAAUAGGUCCAGACUAAUAGAUGUGAAUUGUCUACUGGGAUGCACAAAGUCCUCUACUAAUACCACUAACUUUAAAUGAUUGUGUGCUUAUGGUCGCCACCAUAAGUAUACAAGUCUUCUGCAGUGGUUUGUCUAACCAUUUGGAAAUAGCAAAAAUGUUCUCGAUGAAAUAUCUUGGUUAUUAUUGUCGAAUCAAAGAACUUGGAAAAGUUGGUUUUGGAAGCUAUAACUCCCAGAAUCUCUGCAAGCCUCUACAAAUGUUAGUCCAAAAUAUAUCUUUUCAAUACUCUCAUAUAUUAGGAAAAAGUGAAAAUAUUGCUGGGAAAAUGAAUUGUUAUUACUAUUAUUAUUAUAAUAUUUAUUUAUACCCCACUUUAUAUCUCAUGAAGGAGACUCAAAGAGGCUCCUUGCUUGUUCUCUUGUCUUAAUGUGUCCUGAAAGCAUAUUGUAGAGCAUAAUUUGUAUCUCACCAAAGAACCUCUUCUCAUAACAAAGAAGGAGCAAGCUUGUAUUCUGCAGGCCUGGAGGCUAGGACUCAGUGAAAUGGGUUCAAAUUAAAGGAAAGGAGAAUCCACCUGAACAUUAGGAAGAACUUCCUGACCAUGAGAGCUAUUCAACAGUGGAACUUUCUGCCUUGGAUUGUGGUGGAAGCUCCUUCCUUGGAAGCUUUUAAACAGUGGCUGGAUGGGCAUCUGCUGGGGGUACUUUGAUUAUGCUUUUCCUGCAUGGCAGGGAGUGGGACUUUGAUGGCCCACGUGGUCUCUUUCAACUCUAUAAUUCUAUGAAAGAAGCACCCAUGUGUUCCUGCACCUUAAUGUAAGGAUGCAGCUAAUUUCUCCCAUGCUAAAAUUAAAGUGAGAGAGAAGUUGUAUACCCUGUUUUCCUGAAAAUAAGACAGGGUCUUAUAUUAAUUUUUGCUCCCAAAGAUGCUCUAGGUCUUAUUUUCAGGGGAUGUCUUAUUUUUCCAUGCAGAAGAAUUCACAUUUAUUGCUGAACAACAAAAUGAACAUUUAUUAUAUACUGUAAAGUAGUUGUCAUCACAAACCAGCAUAACCAGACAAACUGUGAAUCCUAUCAAGAAUUUCUUGUUACUACAAUUAUUUACAUGUACAACAAUCUAUGGUACCUCUUGCAGUUUAGAUUUCACAAGGUUUCCACACUGAUUUCUCUCUAUUCUAGUUUCAAUGUAGUCAUGAAUGAUGAAUAAUAAUAAUAAUAAUAAUAAUAAUAAUAAUAAUAAUAAUAAUAAUAAUAGAAUAAUGAUAUAAUGAUAUAAAAUAUAUUAAUGGGAUAAUAUGAAAGGAUAUAAUAAUAACAGAAUAUGAUAAUAAUAUGGUAUUAAUAGGAUAAUAUAAUAAUGGAUAUAAUAAUAACAGAAUAUUACAAUAAUAUAAUAAUAAUAUGAUAAUAUAAUUGAAUAAUUGAAUAAUAUAAUAGAAUAUAAUGACAUAAAAUAUAUUAAUAGGAUAAUAUAAAAUGGAAUAUAAUAAUAAUAACAGAAUAUAAUAAUAAUAUGAUAAUAUAAUAUAAUAAUAAUAUAAUAAUAUAAUAAUAAUAGUAAUAGAAAAAUAUAAUAUAAUGAUAUAAAAUAAAUUAAUAGGAUAAUAUAAUAAUGGGAUAUAGUAAUAAUAACAGAAUAUGAUGAUGAUAAUAUGGUAAUAUAAUAAUAAUUUAAAAUAAUAAGUUUCAUGGCAUAGGAAUAAGAAUGGGAGGAGAAUUCCAAUGCAUCCUGUGCCUUUAAGAAGAGAAAGAGCAGGGAUGAAUGGAAAGGGUGUUCAAGCCCUCCUCCUUCCCUCCCACCCUCCCUCGCCCUGGCUCCAGGAGCCAAUCAGAAGCCUCUGGGGCGAAGGGAGGGUGGCCAGGACGGAGCCGUGUUUUGGAAGGAAGAAACAGAAGCAGCAGUGAGGGAAGCUUCUUUGAGCCGUGUAUAUGCAUUGGCGGCUGGGGGACAGGUGGGGGGCAAGGCAAGGCCAGCCACGGAGGGACAGAAAGCAAGCCCUCUCCCUUCCUCCAGUGCGUAUGAAUGCUGCUCCUGCCCUGCAGCCAUGCUUCCCAAUGGUACUCUGCAGCAGCUUGGAAGGUCCCAUUCUUAUUUGCUAGAUCUUACUUUAGGGGGAGGCCUUAUAUUUGGCAAUCCCUCCAAACCUAUACUAGGUCUUAUUUUUUGGGGAGGUCUUAUUUUAGGGGAAACACGGUAGCUUCUUUCCUCAGAUUUGGACUCUAUGCUGUCAUAGAUAGUUGCCUUAUAUGCAGCACCAGGCAAGUUCAGUAUUUUCUGCUUCAGAGAGAGUGGACUUGUAACCUUUCACAUAUUCUCACAUCACAAUUCCUACCAACCUGGGACUGAUGGGAGCUGGAAUCCAACAAUGCAAAUGCAUACAGGUUCCACAAGUGUCCCCUCAUCUAUGAUGAGACUAAUGAGCUCAUCGCACUAGCAAUUUAAAGAGUAGGUAAAGUGUGUGCACCUGCUUUCAAUCCUGUGGCUGCCUCUUGCAGAAUUCGGGGGUUUGAAGUUUAGUGAGACUGGGAAGAAAACCUCUCUGACUGAUAAUUGCAAAGGCCCCUGACUAAUCUACAAACCCCAGUAUUCUGCAGGAGGCAAUCAUAGGAUUGGAAGCAAAUGCACACACUUUACCUACUCUUUAAAAUACUAGUUUGGUGAGGUUGUAGCUUACAUAGUUAGAGUGGGAGGAGUAGCAUUAAUUCUCAGGCAACCAAGGUGUGCGAACAAUCAGAUUUGAGUGGCAUCCCUAAGAAUGUAGCAUGAUCUUAGUCUUUCAAAGUGGGAAAUAAAGUUAAUAAAUUGGAAUGGAAUUCUAAUGUGCAUGGACAUAUGUGAUGAGAAUCUGCAACCACCCAUGAGUCAAUAAGACAGCAAGGGUAACUGCCAGAUAGACUCUCCUUCCUUAUAUUUGGGGAGGAAAUAUCAGUAUGACAGUAAACCUACUAUUGUAUUAAUUAAAAUGUGUGCAUAUGUAUACACAACAAUAUUUCCUGUGAUAGACUUUCUGUCAUCAGAUAUGCAACAAAAGAAUAGACAAUUCAUGAUUUAAAUGAAUAAAUAUAUGCAGUUUCUGAGUCAGAAAGACCUGUAUAAGAGACUCAACUAUCAGUUUAAAAACUAAUUUUUGUGCAAAUGUGUUUGCGUGCACUUGGGAGAUAGAAUAGAUGGGAUGAAAAGAUAGAGAUUGAGACAUUAAAUACCUAGAAAAUCUUGUUGUAAGUAACUGAGUUGUAAGCCAUGUUUUUAAUUUGAAAAGAAUAGUAUGGAUAUAAUGUAUGAUUCCACUUCAUGUAAUUGCAUUCUGCUUACUUAAUAUUCCCCUUGCAGUUUUCACUAAAGGAAACAGCAACAGCAACAGCAAUUAUUUGCCUUCCCCUGCUCAAAUUGGUGGAUGGGAAGUGUGGCUGCUAGUGAAUGGCGGAUGAGUUUGUGAAUGGUUGAUGAGGCCUCUGACACGCUUUGCAUGAUGUAAUAUACUUUUUAAGUGUAAAAUGUAUUGGCUGGUUUCAAGAAUCUAAUUUCACUCCCUUUUUAUUCCAAAUGAAGCUUGCUCUGAGGCCUUUCUCCAGUUACAAAUAAGCCAAGGAUCCAAAAGGGAUUUGUUCUAUUGUAAAUGUGGCUACAUUGAGAAUUUCAUCUUCAUUACACCUUAGCCCAGCACUAAACAGAAUAUAUAAAGCAAUUCUUCUAAUAAAAUAAUCAUUCCUCCAAAGUUAGUCAAAUCUUUGUCCCAGAGAAGAUCCUAUCUCUAAAGUUAAUCCUGCAUUAUCAGAAGCAUCAGAAAUCUUUUAUUUUUGCUUUGAUCAUUAUAUCUUUGCCUAAUUUUGCCCUGACUCACAAUUCUGCACAGAGGGUUUUUGGCUGAGAAUUCUAGAAAUUGUAAAACAAAAAGGUAUUUUUUUUCUAAGCUCUGAUUUAAAUUAGCACCAAAACUCUCUGAAUUAAGAAUAGACAACUAUGGCUGUCCAGAUGUUUUUUGUUUGAAUUUUAAGCAUAUCAUAUGUAACCAACAUGAAUGAUGGCGAGAAAUUAUAGGGAUUGCAAUCCAAAAUGUCCUGGAAAGGCAUAAGCACGCACCCUUGCCUCAAGUUAGAUGCAGAAAGAAGUACUGAAUAUAUUUUCCAAGCAAAAUCAAUUCUUGAGUGUUCAAGAACCAUGAUAAGGAAAAUUCUUCACUGACAAAUUUCUUCAGUUUGGGAUUUAUUGUGUGUAGAAUCUGCAUGCGGUAUUUACAGAAUUUUCUGCAGUAGAAACAGUAUUUUUUUCCUGCAUGAAACAAUAUUUUCAAACAGAAUUUUUUUUCAUGCACAGAAAAUACUGUUUUCUCUCAAAAACAUGUGAGGUAUUUUUCCACAUUAUGAGUUCAUAACAGCAUUUUCUUGCAGGAAACUGUUUUAUCUGCAUGGAAAAUAAUAUUUCUAUAUAGCAGAUCGUUUCCUUUAGAGAAAAUGGGUUUUGCACAGAAUGAGGUCCCAAAUUGCAAAAGGCCCUAAACUAUGACUAACUGAAAGAACAAAUUUGGUUAAGCUUUCAUGGGCUUCCCAGAGCACUUUUAGCUGAGAUUAUUGACAUUGAAGAAGUUGGAUACUUGAAGAAAUGUGUUAUUUCUUUCCUGGAUGAUGAUCAUAAAGAUCUUCACAGUAUUAAACUUCUACUUUUGACCCUAAGUACCUUCCUGCUACUGCUCCAACUGAUAUUGCUCUAGGUACACAAUGGGAUUGUGAUUUGGCCCUACCACACAACUGCAGUUUCUGCUUUGACCUGGAAUAUAUGGCAGUGUGGACUCAGAUAACCCAGAUCAAAACAGAUAUUGUGGGAUUUUCUGCCUUGAUAUCCUGGGUUAUAUGGCUGUGUGGAAGGGCCCUUGGUCUUUAUCACUAACGAUAAUACAAAGCAAGGGUGAUUAGCAGCUGUUGAUAUAGUAGCCUUCUCUUCUCAAAAUCCAUGAAUUUGCUUAAUCUUCCAUUUAAGUUUGCAAAACCUUGCAUAAGAAUAUUCUUAUGUUCAUCAUAGGGAGGAAAUUCUUCAUUAAUUUUGUUCUUGAAAGAAGUAAUUCAAUUAUUAAUUUACCAAUUGUAUUCUGGCUGGAAGAAAAUAUUUCAGAGUUCAGUUUUUUCAAAGGUUUUUCACCAUUCAAAACAAGUUCUGUGUAAAGGAAAUUGUGGUGCUUUUAUGUAGGAAAAAUUUUUUUUGGUAGAGAAAACAGUAUUUUAUGUACAGAACGUAAUAUUUCCUGUACAAUAAGUGCACUUUGCUUUGCAAAAAUACCAUAUGUGAAAUUUGCACAAUAUUCUUGCCUAUACUAGAUUCUCCUUGACAUAUUGGAGAAACGUAUUUUCCACCAUUUUUUGGAAUAUUUUCUGGAUAUUAUUUAAUUAGAAAUAUGGGAAGAAAGAUGUGCUUCAAAAAAUGAAAUAUACUGCCUUUUUGUUUCUGUAUAUUACAGCAUCAUUGAAAGGAGUCCUUUCCUCUGAGGCAGUUUGACUAAGAGAAUUCAUCCCCAGGGGUUGGAAGACAUUAGCUCUCCUUGAAUUAAAAGAUUAGAGAAAUAGUACAAGGAUUUCUGAGAUUGGGGUCAGGUUCCUCUAUUGAUGUUUGCUCUAUAUUAUGCUGUCUAUUUUUGUCUCUGCCAAAAACAUCUGUUGAUGUUGUCUGGACUUCCCACUGUAAAUAUAAAAGACAGAUCAAGGAUUAAAACUAUCUUAAAUGGAGUCUUACCUCACCUGAAGAUGUUGAUUCAUAGCAUGGAAGAUACUCCUAGAUCUAUUUCUUAACCUGAUUGUCUAUAUUUCUGCAGUGGCCAGAAGCUCAUUUAUGCACUUAAAGUUCGUGCUAGUAGAGACGUCUGAUCUAAUCAUGAUGACACAUGCAUUAGUUACAUCCAAUUUGGAUUACUUUAACACUCACUGCAUGAUGAUGCCUUUAAAAAGCAUUCAGAAACUCCAGCUGGUUCAAAGAGCUGUUAGCUGAGGCUACAGGGAAUGCACAACAGCUCCAGAAGGUAUCCGUCUGUUCCCAGACACAGUUCAAAGUACUGGUUAGGACAUGUAAUGCUGUUUAUGGCUUGGGUCCAGGUUGUAUCAAGGACUAUAUCCUUCUACAUGAUCCCGGUUAGGUUUUGAGAUCCUUGGGAGAAGCUUAACUCUGCCCCACAACCUUCACAGGUAAUGGCUGUUGGAGGAGGAACAGUUACUCAGAAGUUUGCCUCUGAGGAUGCCUGUCAUAGAUGUGGGUGAAAUGUCAGGAGAUAAUGCUUUUGGAACAUGGCCAAACAGCCCAGAAAAUGCACAGCAACCCAGUUACUCCUAUGCUCUGGAACUCACUUCCUAGGAAAUCUAUUAUGUGUUUUGUGGGACCAUCACCACCAUCAUCAUUUUCAUAAUCUCCCUUGGUUUUCUCAAUCUCUUUUAAAAAGUGUGAUUUCUGGAGAUCAAGCUCAAGCCAAGGCUAUGCUGUUUAUUGUUUUCAUCUUGCCAAGCAGUAUGGAGAAGUAAAAUCAAAUACAAGGCAGUUUUGCACCUACCCCUAACCCCAUGUUAGGAUUUCUGUGAUAUCAUGGCAUUCCACAACAUGAGUUGGAUGGUAUAACUAAAUUCCUACUAAUUUGCUUUUUUAACAAGAAUUUACCAGAAUGUGACCAUGUUAUAUUUAGGAAAGAUUUUUUUAAAAUCAAGGUAGAAAAACCAAAACUGAAAGAUUUGUCUCCCUAGGCCCAGAGUUCUCAGUGCUUGAGGUUCAAAUUUCUGAAUAUUCCACCAAUUAGUGCUGAAUUUAAUUAUGGUUAACAUUUUCUUUUCUUUUAUAAAAAAAAGGGACUAUAUUUUUAAUAUGUAGAUGGUAGGCAAAUACAACAUAGUCUUUUCUGUGUUUGUGAAAAUUGCAGAGUAUCCAAUUUUGAAUAAUGAAAUUUACACAUUUCUUUCUAUUAGUUUUUUAUUGGCUGCAAAUGAAAUAAAAAUUGACAGACUUUCCUAUUGCUAGUAAUUUCUAGUCAUGUGCACAGAAUCAAUUUCUCCCAUUUCAUUCGUUUCUUUCAUGUCUUUCGUUUCUUCGGGAGCAUGAAACAGGAAAACUCCUCCCGCUACAGAAAUCAACUGGGCACGAAAGCAAGCAGGAGCGGGUCUUGGAACCUGGCCUGAUUUUUGGCAUCAUGGAGUAAGAGGCACUUGGCUGCAGGCCGUGGCAGGCGUGGGUUCUCUGGUCCUGCCUGCACACCACACACGCAUUUUCAUUCCAAGAAGAGUGUGUAUGUGGCAUGCAGGAGUGCCCGUGCCUGCCAAGGCUAAGAAGAGCAGCCUCCUUAAAGCGCAUGCUGGGAAGGGGAGCCUGGGUGGGAACACCCCCCCCCCAAUCAUGGGCUGAUAGAAAACGGAUCUUUCAGCACCAAAAAGUGAAAACAGAUAUCGGCCCUCCCAAUUUUGGGAGUCUCCCAAAAAACAGAUUGAGGUCCCAACCGAAAGUUGGGUUAGGGUUUAUAACAAAUGCAAAAGUCUAAUAAAUUCUUGAAGAAGCAAUUUUUUUAGUGUGGUUUUUCUCUGUACUAUAUUGUGUUUGUUUCAUAGCCCCAUUUCGUAACCCCCCUGGCCUUUUAUAUUGUCAUCCAAGCCCUUCUACUUCUUUUCAGACCUAUCCCAAGUGUGAUAUGAUAUGAUCUGCAAUCCUAGCUGUGCACAUCAGUGAUUUUGUCAGAGCCUGAUCUAUGGAUCUGAAGUGGAGCGGAUAGACCCAGGUGUCAUUUCUGUACACCAAGACAUGUAAUUAAUCCUCCCUACCUCCACCUCUGCAUUCACUUUGCUGAGUCCCCAUUGCAAAUGUUUUCUCUCAGAGAUUGUAUUUACAUUUUAUUCAUGACUCUAUCAGGAUUAAUUUCAGUGUUUCAUGUUGCCUGUAAAUCCUCAUACAAUAUGAAUGAAGCAGCAGCUGCUGCAUGCUGGCAGCGUGGGCAUUCCAAGGGCACAAACACGCCUGCAUCCGCUUACUAUAAACACUUUUAAAUCUGCUAUUCUGUGGACCAUAAACUAGACCACGGCAGAUUAAAAAGAAUAUCUGUUGCAACCACCCCCAAAUGCAAAAUCUUCCUUCAGUGAUUCACAUGACUGUCUGAAAUUUAGGUGAAAGAUAAGUAACAACCAUGGACAUGAGAAUUUUCUCUUUCUAUAUAUUUUCAAUCUUGGCAGUGUAAAACUUCGUAGAAUGUCUUAUAAUUGGCAACAUCAGAGAAUGAAUCUGAUUCACACUAGAUUUUAUUUUUCUAAGCCAGGCUUUUCAAAGCAGGAGUAGCAGCUGGUUUAUAAACAGCAUACUAGGCAUAUAUUUCGGUGCUGGGUACAUUCUCUCUCUUCACAGUCCUAGACAGCCAACAAAAUAGGAAUGUAACAAGUCUGUAAUAGGCUACAUAUCAAUUGCUAGAGAGCUCACAUGUCCAUUAUUGAGGCUGUAAGAAUGUCUUAUGGCCCAUAACACCAGAUCCAAAAUCUGUGUUAGAGCAUACAUCACAUUUUGCUUCUCCUAUCUUAUUUUAAUAUUUUAAUGAAUAACAUCAUUUUUAGUAGUCCAUUAAUACCCGAUGAGCCAGAGUCGGACACAACUAGACUUAAUGUCAGGGGAAAACCUUUACCUUUACCUUUAAGCCUAGACUAAGCCAUAACUCAAUAUCUAAGUAUGAAUAACCUCAGGUUAGAAUAAUAUAGACAAAGCUUUUGGAACUUUAGAUCUCAGAAUCUAGCAGCCAUAGUGGCUACUGACCAAAUUGACUUUGCCAUACUUCAAUAUGUAUCUCCAUUCCCUUUUUGAAAUCUGGAUAUAGCCCCAUGGCACACAUCCUAUAUUUCAUUGGUGACUUAGCAGUGUAGAAUUUAUUCAUUGGUGUGCUCUUACACCAGGCUUCAAAAUUAUCCAGUCCUUCAGUUGUUUGAACUUUUCUCAUCAUUACAGUCUAACAUGAUCUGAAUAGCUUUUUGAUUCUUGCUUCUGUUUUAUACUAUAUUCUAUAGUCAUUAAAUUGGAUUGUUAGAAGUAAUGUACUUCUGUGGUUUGCUUGAUGAGAUUACUGUAGCUGUUAUGUACACAAUUGUAUCAGUGUAGUUAAAACUCAUUUCAAUUUAAGAUUUGUUUACUUUGUAAAUUUGAUUCUUCUACACCCCCUUAGACACACAAGCUGUCAUUGAGGUGGAGAAUCUGCUGCAGUCUGUUAGGCACCAGGUUUCAGUCUGGGGUUUACAGAAACUAUAAGGUGUUAUCUGUGGUGCUGAACCCUAGCCCUCAAAUAAAUUGGCAUAUUUGGCAUUGAGAUUAAACCUCAAAAUAGAAUCACCAUCCCAUUGAUAUGGAAGCUAUCAAAUAGCACUGGUUGAAACUCACUACAUGAUCCACAUGGUGAGUUCAUGAUGAGAAAUAUAAAAGAUGACAUAAUAAUGGUGCCACAUCUAUAUUGAUUCUGGAUCAGUGGUUCUCAACCUGGAGUCCCCAGAUGUUUUUGGUCUUCAACUCCCAGAAAUCAUAACAGCUGGUAAACUGGCUGAGAUUUCUGGGAAUUUUAGGCCAAAAACAUCUGGGGACCCCAGGUUGAGAACCACUGUUCUGGAUGGAAAACUAAGGAAAGUUAUCAAGAAUGAAAGGACUGCUUUUAAUAAAACAUUGUGGGAAGAGAAUGAGUUUGUUUCUUUGUAUCCUGCCUUUCUCCUAAUACAGAAUCCAAGGCAUCAUAAAUUAAAAUAGAAUACAGCUAAAACCAAUCAGAACAGUAAGAGCUAUAUAAAAAUGUAUUCAGCCACCAGAUGCACUAAGGCAUUUUCAUGGGGUGGCCAAACAGAGAGGAGAAGGGUCAUUUGGUCAUUUAAAAAAGAUUGUACUGAAGGAAAUUUUAAUAAGAGUAGUAGAAUAAUCAUUGAGGGAGGAACACCUUCCUUUGCCCCCAAUGGUUACAUCUCUGAUUAAAACAGCACUGCUUUUUUUCAACAACAACAAAAAUCAACAGAUGACGGGGAAAAGGAUAAUUAUAUGAAUAAACAUUUGGAAAAACAACAAUUUCUCUGUUAUGGGUUUCCUUUAUGACCUGAGCAAUCUAUGGGCAUUCUCUUCUGCUUCACCUGUUCACCACAUCAUAGUGCAUGUACUCCAUCAGUAUACAGCUAGGUCAGGCAUGUUUCAAACAGAAAGGAAUAAACACAAGUGCAGUCUUGGCAUCAAAACCAUAGUCCAACAGUAGUGUUUAAAGUCUCCUGGUUAGAAUAGGGCGUGCUGUCCCUUUCGUGGUUAAUGACCUCUUCCUCCUCCUCUUAGUCAGGUGACAGUCCUUCCACUGGGUUGUUGUAUGUAUUCCGGGCUGUAUGGCCAUGUUCCAGAAGCCAUACAGCCCGGAAUACAUACAACAACCCUGUGAUCCCAGUCAUGAAAGCCUCCGACAACACAUAGUCCUUCCACUCUUCACACCUUCUCUAAGCUGAUGAUAAUUAAUCACCAAUCUGUGCAGUUGCUUUUCUCUACAAGAGUACCACUUGGAUAAAGCAAGAGCUGCUGAUUGGGGUCAGGAAUGAUUGAAGGACAGAAGCUUGCCAGCUCAGACUUACAAAUAUAAAAGGGCCAGGUGGACCCGUAGUACUUUAAGAUAAAGGGCAUUCAUUAUGUUGUGUGAAUAAGGGGGGGGGGGGGGGGGGAGAGAUAUAUGACCUGUCCCUUAAUAAAGGCAUCUGGGGAAACCAUGCAAUUUUGUUCAAGAUAAAAAGACCUCUUAUGGACUAGUGUGAUAGCAAUAGAAAUUCAUAUAAUAUAAGAAAUACAGCCUUCACAUCCAAGCAAAUGUGGUUGGCUGUGUAGAUAGGAAAGUAAACUUACUAAGAUGACAAAUCUCUAGGUCUCUUAAGGUAUAUUUUCACCAUAGAAACAAUGCAGAUUGACUCCACUUUAACUGCCAUGGCUCAAUGCUAUGGAAUCAUGAGAGUUGUGGUUUACUAUACCUUUAGCCAUUCUGCCAAAGAUUAUUGGUGCCUAACUGAACGAUAACUCCAAGGAUACCAUUGAGCCAUGUCAGUUACAGUGGUGCCAAACUGCCUUAAUUCUACAUAAUAGAUGCACCUAUAGUCAUGGUGGAUACAUGGAACCUUCAUAUUUAUAGAGUUAAUAAUAAUAAUAAUAAUAAUAAUAAUAAUAAUAAUAAUAAUAAUAAUACAUUUAUUACCCACCUCUCCCUGAAGCUCAAGGCGGGGUACAACAUCACUAAAAUGAGAUAAAACACUACCAUACACACAUACAACAAGAUACAGAGUUAAAUUACAAAUUAAAAUCCACUGAUGAAAUGCAGAUUCAAAUUAAUAGGAAGCAUGAAUACUGAAUACCAGUAUCUGGGCUUAAUGUCUUCCCUCUAGGUUUCUUGUCAGUCUCUUGUAGGCAAUUGUGUUAUAAAAGUCCUGUUCCUGUGAGAUUCUUCUUAUGUGCCUGUCUUCUCUUAACAUAACACUUCUCUUACAGAAUGAAGGGAAUUUUGAAGAAUGUCACAUGAAUUCCACAUGAAUGUUAGGAAAGGGAAGAUGGUGAUUGUCCAAGUGCUUUGAUGUCAUGCUUUUCUUGCAGACAAAUAUGGUUGUGUCAUGUUGUGUUGGGAUCAUGGAAGCCACAGCAGUGCUGCUGCUGUUCCAAUUCUUCUCUGUUUAAGAAACCCUUCAAGGGGAGACUUAGUUUAAAAAAAGAAAGAAAGAAAAGAAUUGAUCAUAGCACAGAAAGGAGCCACAGAAAGGCUUCUCUCAUGGAACAAGAUGGAGCAACACUAUUGUGGCCUCUCUGUUGCUGGAUAUUAGAGUUGGAUUUAGACUGCAAUAGAUACCUUUGACAUAAGCUCUCACUAAACAGUUGUACCUCACUGAACUGUCAAAUCCUGUCAGAUCUCUUGAGCUAAGCAAGGUCAGAUGAUGCCACUGCUUAGAGAAGAUGACUUCAUGAGAAAGCCAACGUUCCGAUGCCUCAAUACGUGGCACACUUCCCUUAUAAGACAGCUGCAAGCCUUUGGCCCUGGAGAAAACCCGGGCUUUAAAUUGCCUCAGUAUAUCAGAGUUCUCACAGAAAACUCAAUUCCCUACCAGACCAGUGCUUUUGAUCUCAUUUUCACUUUCAUCAUUGUCAGAAACCACCUCUGUCUUUUGGCGUUCUUUUGCUAGUGUUGUGCCAAAAUCUGUCUUCCCGCAUCCUCUAUGAAUAAGUCUUCAGUUUUCCUCCUUAUUCUGAGUGUCCCUUAGAUACUUCAUGAUAUUUUUUUAACUUACUUUAUUGUUCUGAAUCAGAUGAAGGGCUUUGUGUAAUUUUUCUCCUUUCUUUAUAUGUCUCUGCAUUGCUUUAUACUUAGCUUCCCCAGCUACUUCUACUUCCAUAUUUUUAAAAAUCCCAAUGGGGAGGGGAGUUGCUUUAUUAUUCCAACCCAUUAAGUUUCAAUGGAGAUGUGGGAUCUGAGGAAAGUUCCGCAUCUCUGGCCCCAUUUAAACUGCCACAUAAUUUUGUUUGAAAUUGCUUUGUAUGGUCAAUGUAGACUCCUAUAAUGCAGUUCAAUGUAGCCAAACUGCAUUAAUAUGAGUCCACACCUACCAUAUAAUAUAAUGGGGCCCCUGAAAACGCAUUCUAAAGCAGUUUCAUGCAGUCCCCUUCCUUCAAUUUCCUUCUCUGAAGUAUUUUGAAAGAAAUUCAUUCCUUAUCAGAAGUGAAAAUGGUCCAAAAUGUGGAAGAAAUAUUACUUUUCUUGCUAAACUGAAGAAUUAUUUUUGUGCUACCAGCAACAUUGUGGUUUCAAAAGAUUCAAGUACUAUAUUCAAAAAGGAAAAGAGCAAAAAAACAAAAACAAAACCUAAGUAAAUGUGGCAGCUUGUAACCAACAUAAGAGGGAAAUACCUGUGUACUAAAAACACUCCCAUUCUUUCCACAAUAAGGAUCACUAUCGGCAUCCCUUCCUUGCUUAUCAUUACAUAUUGUUAAGACUCAUGGUAAACUGCUGUAUGUAUUUUCUCUGCAAUAAUAGUCUAUCUUCUGCUGAUAUUUAAAGCUGGUGACAGAAUGCUGUCUGGGGUUUGCUUUUCAGAGCUUAUUACUUUUGUUUUGCUACUAGACAGAGUCGGUUGCUAUCUCACAGAAAUGAAUUAAAGUGUCAUAAAGGGUUGCAAAUUAAUUUCAUUAUUAUACUUGAAGCUCCUAGAGAAAGUAAGUCAACCUUUGCAUGUUCCUGUACCACUUUGAUACAAUUGUACCAAAACAAACAAACAUACUGAAGCUACAUUACACGGUGUACAUGCAUACCUUUACACAGAAAUGUUUGGAAUUGCAUCAUAUACUCUCCAAUUAAAUGGAUCAUUAAGGAAAGAGAACUCGUGGGUCAUCCUUUGAUAUUUAGACAUGGGCUGAGUUAAUCAGGAAAGAAGAACCAUGGGGUAUCUGGAAUUGAUCACAAGAAUAUCAGAUAUAAUUACCAUCUGUGUUAUUUUAAUUUACUGGUCAUAUCUUUUACAAUCUUCUUUAUAUUUGAGAUAUAAAAUUUCUGAACAAUAAUAAGAAUCCACACUGUGUUACGUAGAAUAAUAUAAACAUAUGUUUUAGAAAAUAUGAUUAAUUUUUGGCUUAUCCUUGGGUUCAUCUACCAUUUAAUAGAUUUUCUCACCAGUACCGAAGAAAACAGUUUCACUAUGUAUGCAGAACAUUACAUAGAAAAUCCUGGGAGGUGAUUACACAAACUACAGAGCACUGAUGCAUGUAAAGGGCUAUUUUUGUGAACUUUUGUGGAAAUUUAUUGUUUGGUAGCCACAAUUUGAAGCUAACUUUGAAUUUCAUUAAAUGCUCAGUAUAGAGAAAACCCUUGUUAAUGUAUUGAAUUGAAUUAUCUUCUAUUUUAGCAUAGCUCCCAAGGAAGGCCGACUCUGAUUGUACUAAUCAAAUGACUAUCAGCAUGUGAAGCUUUGUCUCCUGAUUUGCUUUGACUUUUCAUUCGUGCUCAUCAGUUCUUUCCUUUGUCCCAAGUAUAGCCAGCUGCACACUCCUCUGCUGACCCCACUGUGCAGAAUCUUUUAAAGACUGUUUAAGUGUUCGCACAUGUCUAGAUGAGAAGCAAAUCCUGCAUGGUGUUUCCUAAUACCCAAAUCAUACUGCUCUAUUCUUUUAAAAAGAUAAUAAAUAUUACACUGAUUUUCUCAGUCUAGCACAAAAAGCACAAGCAGUGCUAUAGACCACAAUAUGCCUUUCUUCCCAAGUUUGUCUGUGUUGGCAUAAGCUUAAAUUUGGCAAGCUACCCAUGCUGUUAUUAGCCCUGGAUAUAAAAUGAUUCCGAGUAGCUAGACAUCACAGAAAUCUAUAAAGAAGGCAGACAUCUUUCAAUUACAUCAGUUUUUGAACUGAAAUGUUUCCCAAAAAUUAGCCUGUUCAACCUGGUCAAUAUAGCCUCACACUGGGAGAAAGGCAGUACAUCCACUUAGCCACCCACACGUAUGUAUCCAACUGGUCAACUCCAUUUAAUUUUUCCUAUUUUGUUUAUUUAUUUACUUCAUUUAUUUUUAGUAUAUUACAUGUUUUGUCCAAAUAGACUCUUAAUGGUAAUUUCCCAUAAAAUUUACAAAAGUACAGUUCAAAUAAACAAAAGAGUUUAAGAAGGAACCAGGAAGUUAGUGGCUUCUGUGUCUGCAAAAUGAUGAAUCUUCAGUAGAGUUUAGUCUGGACCUUGAAAGAGGUAUCCCACAUAAGUUCCUAAAAUGGCACCUAGAAUGGUUCCUUUAAAGUCUGAAAGAAAACCAGAGCAGAUUCACUACUCAAUUUACAUGAGAGGUAACAGCUGCCACUGGAGAAUUCAUCCUUUCUGUAGCAAGAACAAACAAGAAUGAUGGCAGGCAUCUUGACUAACAUGCCUGUAAUUUAUCAUCCAAGCAUAGAAAGCAGGGCCACAGGUGUUUUUAAUUGUGAUUUCCAAUAGCCAUAGUAACUUGAUAAAUGUUCCAAAAUGAGAUGCUGCCAAAGAAACGUAUUAGAUAUGUGUCUCCCAAAGACAACAAAAGAACCCAAUAUUUAUAUCUUAGUUUGCUAUUAUGUGCCUUUAUGUUGACUCAUAGGAUUUCUUGGUAAGAAAUGGAGGCUUGCCAUUACCUCAUUCUAUGGCUGAGGUAGUAUGGCUUGCCAAAGAUCACUCAGAGCCCUUCCACACUGCCCUAUAACCCGGUAUAUCAAGGCAGAAAAUCCCACAUUAUCAGAGUGUGGACUCGGAUAACCCAGUUCUAAGCAGAUAUUGUGGGAUUUUCUGCUUUGACAUUCUGGGAUAUAAGGCUGUGUGGAAGGGCCCACAGUGAGCUUUACUGACUGAGCAGGGAUUCAAACCCUGGUCUCCCAGAUUCAUAGUUUGACAUACAAACUGCAUUUACCUUUAGUUUACAUGUCAUAAUACAAAUUUCAAAGUAGUUACCAGAGUUUAAAUAACAUUACAAAACACAUAUGAGGAAAAAUAUGAUCACUGAGCAUAUAUAUGUGUGUCUUCCAUCUGCUAUCCUUUUUUAACAGUUUAUAGCCAAUUUCAAGGUUUCUACUCUCCUUUUUCUUUUUCUUUUUCUUAUUUUGCAUCUGCAUCUUUAAAAUAGAGUUGGUCUAAAUGACCAUUCAAACAAAGAAUGCUUUCCAGUGGAAGACUGCCUUCUGACACCCCUUCAAACAGAAGGUUGACUUCUUUAAAGUGUGACACCUGGUUAUCUAAUCCCUGUUGCAUCCGAAUGAGGCUUGCUGCAUUCUCUUUUAGGCCAUAUUCCGCUUUGAAGUCUUCUUUGGUGGCAGUAUGGAAUGGCAGAAUGACAUUCCUUUAACAGGAUAAUGCAGGCAGGCAACCUGGUGCCCUCUAGGUAUUUUAGACUACAAAUCCCAUAAUCAUGACCAUUGGCUAUACUGGCUUUGUCUAGUGGGAGCUGCAGUCCAUCUGGAGUUUUACAAGUAGUCUACUCUCUUAGGAAACAUUAUCUAGGCAAAAGAACAUUUUGUGAGCAUGUUUGAUGGUUUCACGUCUUUCCUAUCACUGUCUCUCAUUACAGUUUUUAAUUUGUCUGGAUUCCUUUGCAUACAUUAACUCUUUGCAUACACUCGCUGCUCCCAUGGUGGUCUGUGUCCUUCCAGGACCACAGAAAUCCAGAUAAUUCAACAAACAGUGAGCCAAGGUUCUAGGGAUUUCUUUAUAGCAAAUAAACAAAACAGAUGGCCAAGGACAUAGACACCUCUUAAAAGGCCACACACUCAGAGUAAAUAUAACAAACGUUUAAUAAAUGAUAUUCUGAACCUAGGAACACUUAACUUCAGUGUUCCUAGUAAAAGUAAAUGUCUUUGCUUCAAAAAAAGGCAAAAAAUGCAGAAACAGAAAAUAAUCCGGAUUAUCCUGUCUGAUAAUCCGUCUUAACUCCAGCCAAAAGUUCACUGAAACUAUGGCACAGAAAGCCAGGAGAGGGCCAAAUGCACACCCGUAGCAAAAGCAGCCGACGUCAUCAUCCAAAAGCCAGGCCGAAUCCAGAAACCAAGGGAGAGCCAACCGGGAGUAGUGAUGUCGCCGUCAGGAGCCAAGCCGAAUUCAGGAACCAAAGGAGAACCAACCGGGAGUAGCGAUGCUGUCGUCAGAAGCCAAGCCAAAUUCAGGAGCUGAAGAGGAAGCCAGAGAACGCCAAGCCAGGAACGAGCGAUGCCAUCAUCAUGAGCUAAACCGAAUUCAGGAACACGAAGGGGAAGCCAGAGAAUGCCAAGCCAGGAACGAGCUAUGCCGUCGUCAAGAGCCAAACCAAAUACAGGAACACGAAGCUGUACAGCCAGGACCCAAGCCCAACAGGAGAACAGGCAGCGACAACCCAAUGUCCAAAAUGACACCUUGCCUUCUGCAAAAGAGUCUUUCCUUCCAACUCCACUUUUAACUUACGCAUUGUUAUCGGACGAUGAUGAGGCCUCCGCCCUGUCAUCAUUAUCCACAGUUGAUCUUGACCUCAUACGUGAACCUCGUCCAUCAUCCCUCCAGUCCCUCCAUCUUUGUUCAAGACUUAGAUCUCCCCAUGUCCCUGGUGUAUCAGUAGCUUGCCAAUCCCCUGAUGCACCCCCAGAAACUGGCUCUGCGCACACAUUUACUUGAGUCCAAUCUGCAGCACUUUCUAUCUCACUCCCAGACCCAUCAUUCCCAGAAAAACCCUCAAAUGUUUCAUCUUCCGUGGGAGCAGUGAGUAGAUCCCAGAUCUUCUUCCUUUCCCUUUCCUUAUCUGACUCUUGCUCCCAAGUUGACCUUUUAGUUCCUCUACUCUCUGUUAACCCAUCUUCCUCCAGCAUGGACUCCUCGUCGCUAGAGAACCCUUCAAACGUUUCUUCCUCAGAAGGAGCCAUAAGUAUUUCCCGGACCCGCUUUGCUUGCUGUUCCUCAUCAAACACCUGCUCACCAUUAGCCCUUUUCCUCCUGCUAGCAGUAGUAGAACUAGUAGUAGAAUUAUUGCCCCCUGGCCCAACUACAACAACAUUUAUACAGUGUACAUAGUAGCAUUUUAGAAAGCUUUCAACUUCUAGCCAAGGAGAAAGGAUUCGAGCAUGCGGGCACAGAACAGAGCACAAGUACAAAGUCUCAAGAGCAAGAUUUCAAAAAACCACCAAUAACAUUCUUAAGACAUACAGCCCUAGAAUCAGAUUGUUUGAAAUUCUUAGUUCAAACUGAUAGCAUAAUAUUCAGAACCAAUCUGUACAGUGUUCCCUCACUACUUCUCAGUUUACUUUUUGCGGAUUCACCGUUUCGCGGUUUUUCAAUAAACUAAAAGACUAUUAUAAAUCAUAAAAAAUUACAAUUUACAGCCUAAGGAAGGGAGAAAGGAGAAGCCAAAGGGAGAGAAAAGGAGCCCAAGGGGCAACGGAGGAGAAGGAGGCGAUUUAUCAACACACAAUUGGUUGAUAAAGACUUAAAAUAGUGUAUAACUACUAAAAUAAUAUAUAAAUAUUAAAAUAUAGUGUCCCUACUUUGCAGAUUUUCACUUAUUGUGGGUGGUCCUGGAACCUAACCCCAGCGAUAAGUGAGGGAACACUGUACCAUUGUUUUGCACAGAAGAGCAUUUUAAUUCUUCAUAACUGUCUUUAUCAUGUGAUUAGUUUUAAGGGUUUUGUAGGUUUUUGUAAAUGCAGUUAUUAGCAUGGAAAGUUAUGUUGUAACAUCAGAUUUUACAGAAUGGCAGUGUUCAACUUCUAUCAAAAUGCUUGGGCUCUUAUUAGGUAUCCAAGGGUUUCCUGAGCACUCUUGCAAUGCUUAAAUCCCAUUGACUUUUCUCUAGGAGAAGUCCAGUGUAGAGUAUGUCCCUUGUUUUCUUCACCUUACUGUUUUAAAUAACUGUUUUUAUGAUGUUAUGUUGUUAUGCUGGGCAUGUCCCUGUUGUAAGCCGCCCCGAGUCCCUUUGGGGAGAUGGUGGUGGGAUACAAAAAUAAAUUAUUAUUAUUAUUAUUAUUAUUAUUAUUAUUAUUAUUAUUAUUAUUAUAGUAUAAACUACUUUGUUCCCCUUUCAUCCAGUUGAUAUAUUUCUGUCUUGGCAAGGUUUAUUGAAGAUACAGUAGGCCAACCUAUUAUUUAAACUUGUUGAAUGUGUUUUUUGUUUACAUGUAAAGAGCUUUGAAUGUCAUAGUAUUGCUCUGGGGGACUUCGAAAAUGCCUAGGACAUGUUCUUUCUUGGUCUCCAGUGCACUUCUAUAGUGAUAAUCUAUCAGAAGUUCCACUGAAAACUGACCAUGGAUUUGCACUAGAGGCCAAGAGAAAGCACUUCUCUAGGUAUUUUCUAGAUCCUUUGGAUUUAUUCUAUGGUAUGUUUAAGCAGGAAGUCCAAAGGUUCCAAAUUAUGUGAAUACCAUUUGAUGCAAAUUGAUCUGGAAUGGAUUCCUUAUGUAAUAUCUGGGACUACUGUAACUCAAAGAAAGAAAACUGCAUGAAGACACUGUCUUAAUAUUAUUAAGAUAAUGGUAGAAGUGAGAAAUGAUUUGCAUAUUUGCUGUGACUAAAAAAUCCUUGGUGUAUAUCCAAACUGUAAAACAGCAGCAGUUUGAGAUCACUUUAACUCCCAUGAUACCAUUAUUUGAAGUGUUGGGAUUUAGACCUUGUUGGGGUGCUUAGAAUUGUCUUGUGCACACCCCUAAAGGCAUUUUUCAGAGAACCUAGAAAAUGCUCAGAUAGGUCUUCCCCCAAAACUAAGUAUCUUACAAAACCGCAAAACUCAGGAUAGCUUGGAGUGGAGCCAUGACAGCUAAUGUCAAGAGUCAGACGCCAAUUAGCGAACAAAAAUAGAGUUUAUUCAGCAGAUAAGCCAAAAAGUAAUGUUAACACAGAAAAAACCUUGAAACACUUCACUAUCAGUGCUUCAAGAGCAGUUCAAACAAAAAUAUAAUUCAGCAACACAAGCAGGUAAAAACAAAGCUAAACAAACUUACUGCAAACUGCACUUUCUGAGUCCAAGCCCUGCCAGCCGGCUCUGUAGUUUUCAAAGGAACAGUUCCCAAAAGAAAACACCAAAUUGGUUAGGAAACAAACAAACAAACUAAGAAUGCAGUAGACUGCUUCCACAAUGUGGAUAAAGCCGAAGGCUCCAGAAGGAUGGUGAAAAGACGUUGUCCGGGAUUCCAAGGUCAGGUCAGGAGAUAACAGCGGUGUCCAAAGAGCAAGCCAGGAGUCAAAAGCCGAUAGUAGUCAUCAAUCACAGGGCGAAGGCAGUAGCAAGGUCAAAUUCCGAUCCAAGGUCUGAAGAGGGUGCAGUCAUCCAAAACAGGUCCACGACAAGACACAGCGAGAGCCAAGCUAGGUGAUAACAGCAGAUUCAAAUCAUAGUCCAAGUCCAGUCUUCAUGGAAACACAGAGAUCCCAAUGGCGCCUCAGCAACACCUUGCCACACGCAAAGUGCAGUGGCCAAACAUUCCCAUUUUAUUCCCCUUCCUCCUGGGUGACCAAACACUCACACCCAAACACCAGGUGUCCCAAAUCUACUCAGAAUCUGAGCUCCACACAGCUAGAGCUCGUGGAUCUGGAGUACCUAGCAAUUCGUCGGAGUCCCAAUCAUCCUGCCCACACUUAGCCCCAUGAACACUUAAAGAACCAUCCUCCCUUCUCCAAGCAUCCCAAUUGGGAUCAGCUCCUGCAGAAACCCCAGGUUCAGAAGUAUCCAUAGACCCCAAAUCCCCAGACAUCUCCGGUGGCUGUGCCCAUUCAGUGCCCGCUUCCCCAGCCACCACAUGUUCCUCAGCAUCCAUCUCCCCAUCUGAAUCUUCCUCAGAAGAUCCCCCAUAUAGCUCUCUAAGUCCCUUCCUGCGCAACUCCUCCAGUGAACCCUCAUCACGAGGGUUUUUUCUUCCUCUUCGAAUUCCAUCCCCAUCAACCAUAAUCCCCGAAGGUGCAGUCACAACAGCUAAGAUAGUAUCAAAGUGCUGUCAUUAUGUAAUGUGGAUAAAAGUGAGGUGACUGUCACGACCCAGGCUACAGAGCACCAAUAACCAUACACAGAGGCCAGAAUCUAUCUAAUAUCUUUAUUGAAGGAAUAUAUAAAGUUAAUAAAAACAAGUGUAGAAAAUAGUUCAGAAUUAGACCUUUCAGGAAAGGUCAGAAUUAGUCCAAAAA